CAAAUAGUGAAAGCAAACUAAUGCGCAUUAAAUUUGCUGAGCACCCCACUCAACCAUGCUAUAUGUAGAUCCUUUUUCUUCAGUCAUUCUUGACCAUUUGUUUUGUUAAACCUUCCAAAUCUUUCUUUUCUGUGUCACUGUUAUUAUAAAUUUGAUAUUUGCGGACAUUAUAUGCGUGGGACACACACAAUAUAAUUCGAUAGCGUGACGACAGUAGGUACAAACAAAAUCACAAAGUGAAUAACAGUUAAUUGUCAACAUGGCGGAUAGCGAUUUGCUGAUUACGAUUUCGGGCGCUGCGUUAUCGUUAUUAUUCUACGAAUAUGUUCGCAGUUGUGGAGACCAGAUGGGUUUUUUGCUAGGUGAGAACCUUGAGUUCGUAGUGAAAACGUACACAGAUUCAGAAAAUCAAAUAGAGACUGUGAAGAGACACAACAAUAUUGAAACUGUCGUUACUUGCCCAUUACCGAGUCUUCUCCAUGAUUCUAUUGGUAGAAUUAAUAAAGAAAAAUUAAAGGACUUCAUACGCGAUAAGAGUAAACAAGUGAUUGGUUGGUUUCGCUUUAGACGAAAUACAAAUUUGACGCCCACUAUGAGAGAUAAAAUAUUGCAUAAAGAAUUUGCUUCAUAUUUUUGUGGGGAGAACGGUUGUGUGGAAGAGUUCUUUGUUACAUGCCUAUUAAGUUCUUCGAUUACCAGCGAUAGAGGCACGCAUAAAUUUAAACAUGUUUUUUUAAGACGUAGAAGAGGAGUAUUCGAACCAGUUCCUUUAAAAAUAAGUAAUUUGGGAAAUGAUUCAUUCAUACUUGAUGGUUCAGAUUACAAACCUGCUCCUACAAAAAAGUUAUCAAAUACACCAGAUGUAUUCAAUAAACUUAUAGAAUCUUUAAAUUUGAAUCUUACGAAAACAUCUGGCCUUGAAUCUGCCAUUAAUAUACAAAAAGCAGCUGAACAGUAUUUAGAUAAAUUAAUACCGGAAUUAUGUGAAUCUGAUCAUGAAGUGGCAAAUUUAGAAAGGCAAAUCAGAGAAUUUGAACUUAAUAGGAAGGCAAAAAUGAAUGGAAGUUCAAAUAAUAUUGAUAAAUGUAAAGCUGAAAAGGAUUAUAUUAGCAAAGAAAUUCAGAAAUUAGAAAAAUUCUCUCCCCCUAGAAUGGAAUCCCCAGAUAAUAUUUUUGAUGAAAGGCGAACACUUAAGGAUAAUUCUACUACAACUAGUCAAACGCUCACUACUCUUAAAACAAAGAAUACAGAGAUAUGCAUAGAAAGGAGUAUUAAUCAAAAUAACUCAAGGAAAUCAACUACAGAUAUAGUGAAUAGUACAAGUCAAGAUUCACAACCUAUAAAAGCAAUUUCAGAAAUAAAAGCUAACGUUUCAGAAACUGUACUAAAUAAAAACAGACGAUAUUCCAAUAAGGAAUCAGAAAUAGUAAGGGAAUAUACCAGUAAAGGUGAAACAUAUGAAAGUGGUAUUAGCAGGGGUAGAGGAAAGUUGAUAAACGAGUCUCAAUCUGGACUAAAAAAAGCUAGAACUUCAGGAUCCGUCACCACGCGAAGUACUAGUGAUAGAACUUCGCAUAAUCAAGUGUUACAAGAUUCGAUUGAGGCAAAUUGUGUGCAAAAUACACCUUCCCAAGAAACUUAUAGUCAAAUUACAAAGAAAAAAACGGACAAUACACGGAAAUCAGAUACAGCGGAUAACCAUUGAAAAUAAAUUAAUUUCUUCUUAACUUCGUUUAAAACCUUAUAAGAAUAUACUCAAAAACUGUAGAGCAUCAUAACAUAUUAUAACACAUACAGACACUCGCGUGUGUGUGUGUGUUGUAAUUUUUGAAAUAAACAAAUCGUGUCCGCAUUUCAUGGACAGCAAGCCUGCUUUUAAAACAUUUGGACUAUUCCGAGAUAAGACGCUACUGUGCCGUGUUCAUAGUAUUGAAAGUGUGCAUUGCAAAGUGGAGAGGUAUCAUAGACUGAACUACUGGAUAGUUUUUAACGCAUUCUCGUGGAAAUCCUACGCUUGAAGAUAUUUUUAAAAGUUAUUAAAAAGAAAAAAAAAAUACUUUUUCUUUUAUACUACGCUAAUAAUGCGUUUAAUGUAUUCCCAAACAUUUAUAAUGCUCUAUAGAUUGAUUCAAUGAAACUCGGAGAAAAGAUAUACAGUACAUAUUUCUCUUUUGUCAAUUUUUAACUCCGUGCCAUUAUAUUUUUAAAUAUUUAAUGUAUAAAAUAAAUACAGACGUUUUGCAUUACUAUGUUUUAUAAAUAUCAAAUUAAUACGUGUGGUUAAAUACUUUAUAAAUAAUUAAGAGUCUUUUUAAAUAGUUUUGUUUAAAUAUUAAUUGUAGUGUAAAGUAUUCACGUUAUCGGAAACCGUCGUAGGGUUUUGUUUUGUACAGAAAUACUGCAAGUGGAAUGUUGUUAAAGUAUAUCGGCAGGAUUAUUUGGAACACCCGUGACUUCCCAUAUUGUAGCCGCGAGUCUUCUGGAAUGUUCUAAAACGCAUGAUGAUGUGGCCAGACCAAGGUGGACGCAGUAAAGUUCAUAGAUUCGGAUUUUAUUCGCGGAUAAUUUAGGAAAACACGUUUCAGCUAAUUUUCUAUAAAAUGAUAAAACAAAGUAAGUGUUUGUCAGUAGAAGAUGGAAAAAGAACUACAAUAAUACCAACCUGUAAUAAUCUCCGCAAAAUAUACCUGGCACCGGGAAAUUUUUCAUUACGUGAUUUAAAUAAACUUUACAUUUUAAUGGUGAACCCUGAAACAUAUGUAUAUUAUAGGAACAGUGCAAUGUUAUAUGCAUAUUAUUUUUAAAUGGUAAUAUUUACUUACAGAACUGUCCUCAAACCAUAAAAAGUAAGCAUAAUUGAAUGUUGUAUCUUUCCACAUAACUGAUAAGUGUCCUUCUUCUAAAUGCAUUCUACUUUGUUUCACCAUAUUCCAAAUCUAUAAACAUAAUAUUUAAUUAGGUUAACAUUGAAUUUAUAUUUAUUAAUUUAACUUUUAAAAAAUCACCUUCUUUGUUGUGAGAACAAGAGUUUCAGGAUUUGUGAAGUCCAAUGUUGGAGCUGUUAGUCUGUGAGUAGUUCUGUCUAUGUAUAUGAAAUGUACAAGGCCUGGAAACUCUUCUAGAUAUUUAUUGAUGGUUAGGGAAGUUCUCGUAGAUUAUAUGGCAUUAAGGAGGUAUAUUUUCAU